AUAUCAGACGUCAAAAAUGGAACCCUUGGGUCUUUUUUUUUGCGUUGUGCAUCACGGAUGACGAAAGUGUCGCCGUCUAUAAUGGUGUUUCACAGGAAAAAGAAGCCUACCCAAACAGAAGUCCCUAUGAAACCAACCUCAAUACUCUUCUUUCUAAAAUCACUCCCAACACCAUUGUUGACCAUGGCUUCUACAGUUCCGAGUAUGGUCAAGCCCCCAACAUAGUUCACGUACGAGGUCUGUGCCGGGGAGACGUGAAUCCGAUAACUUGUCGGAAUUGCCUCAACGAUGCCAAAACCCUUCUCCCUAAGGUAUGUCCCAAUCAGAAAGAAGCAUUUGGGUACUAUGACUUCUGCACUUUUCAAUACGCAAGUCGUCCAUUGUUGGGAUACCUGGAUCCUGAAUUUGCCUAUAGUUUCAACAACCCACAAAAUGCAACAGACAAAAAAGAGUUCACAAGUGCGCUUAAUGAUCUAAUGCAGAGACUGAAAAGCGAAGCUGCUUCUGGGGACUCUAACUUUAAGCUAUCUGUGGGAAGCAAAAUAGCUGACGAGUCUGAAACUGUUUAUGGUCUUGUUCAGUGCUUGCCGGAUUUGUCUAGGCCAGACUGUAAUGCUUGCUUGGAGAAGGCGAUCUCAGAUAUCCCACUCUGUUGUAAGAACAAGAUUGCUGGUAGGGUUAUUAAACUCAGCUGCAAUCUUCGAUUUGAGAGGGGUCGUUUCUAG